AUGGCCUACCAGCGUCCCACGACACCAUCCAGCGUGUGCAUCACCAAUUCAGACACCUCUGUCACCAGUACGCCGGCUCAGAAGGCAGACAAAUCUUGCACAAUGGCCCCAGGUCGCAACAUCGGAACAGCAUGGUUCGGUCUCAACACGCCACCUUCUUCCCAUCCUUCUCCCUCUCCCUCCAUUCGCAGCAGCUCGAGCAAUUUGUCCAUCACCAGUCUCAAUGGCGAACAGCCAUGCACCACCGGCCAGCUGCGCAUCAUGGAUAACGAGCUUGUCCGUGCCCGUCAAAACGGCGAGAUGCCUCGUACAUCAGCCUCUCCGCUAGAUACACAGGCCAUGAUUGAGGACUACGGCUACUUGACUCAACUUCGGGAGAUCCGAGGCGACGUCACUGCUCCAGCACCCGAUGCAUACAAGACGCUCAAGGUUGAAAUUGCCAGAAAGAUCCAGGAGAGGGACUCGGCCAGCAACGACGAAGGGAUGCGACAAGAAGCUGCCCGUCGCGUCAACAGCUACCUCAAGUCAAUCGAGAAGGAGAGGGACUUUUUUGAUGCCGCCACUGCCUCGACACCCAGGACACCUUUUGCGUCUGGAAGCCAUUGCUCGAGAUCCUGCAGUUCCACUCGAUCAUCGCAGGUUGAUGCCGAGACCUUUGGCGAGGAGAUCUUGUCGAUUGUUGGAGAGGUUGCUGACCAGACCAUUGAUGAUGCCACCGAGCCCCUGAGAAGGCAGGCUGAAAAGCUUCAGCAGCUGGCUGUGGCACUGUAUGGCAGAAACGAUGCGUACGGCAAUCACAACGACACGCACAGCACUCACAAUGACAUCCAGGGCUUCCACAAUCUACAUCUUGGGCAGCUUGUGGGAGCCUCAUCACAAAACCUGGCUCUGCUGUCAGGCAUCAUCACACAGCUCUCUGACCUGGCCAUGAAUUUGCCCACCGCAAUCAACCAAGUCGUUUCACAGAGCGUCUCUCAUCAUGUUGAGCAGCACGUCGACGUCGCCCUUGACAACGUCAUGAACGCACAGCAACAAGCCAUGAUGGCACUUGUCGACAUGGACAACAAGCAGAAGUCAUCGAUUGACUACGACCUUCUCGCAUCCAAGGUUGCCGAUCAUCUCUCUGCACAGACAGCUCCGGAGAAGCCCAAACAGCAUGACAAGCUUCGACGUCGCCUGAGGAGAGUCUUCAACCGCUCCUAA